AAGCAAUGCAAAGAGAGUCACAGACUCACACACAGGCCCUUUAGCUGCUCUCACGCAUCGGCUCACUGUCUGUCUACUAGUAAUUAUAUCCCCAUCAAUCCUAAUCAUCGUAACAACUAACACACUUGCAGCACAGAUACACCAUACACAUGCAUGGCAAAUUGACAUGUGAAGGUCUUCUGGCUGUGCUGUGUGUGCCACUAGAGGUGAGGUGAUAAAUCCUGCACACGCAAGUUACCUGACGUGCACCCAUGAUGCCGCGCGCAUCAGAGGCCGGCCGGAUUGGUCCCCUGCACAAAGAAGGCACCUCCCUUCUUUCCACGAGCUGCUUUUCCCUGCGUCGUCGCCCCGCCGGCCGGCCAUUCCACUCCUUUCGCUUUCGUUGCGCUUUGCCGUCAGCUCAAUAGCUCAUACAGCUACAGACUACUACACCGUCCCCUUCCUUACCUUUGAUGAAUCAUUUCCUCCCUCCUCGGCUAUACGGACACUAGUCUUUAUAGGCGGAUCAUGUGGCCUGCUGCUACAGAGUGCGUGCAUGGGAGUGGGGACGAGGACGACUGGGGAGCCGGCCAGCCACUCCUUCCUUGGAGCUCCAUCUCCAACAUGAUUCUGGGAUUAUUUUUUGUAUCAGUCUCGCAGCCUUGCCAUCGCAUCAACUGUUGAAGACGAGCGAGUGUGGCAGCCUUUCUCGCGGCACUCUUUUUGUUCCUCCGAGACUUUACUCUCUCUCUCUCCACAUUGCCACCACCAGAUCAGCUGAGAUCUCACUUUCGACUCAGCCCAGUCACUGGCUUUAAGUAGAGGGGCAGCCGAGCUGGACCUCUCCUUGUAGGUUCCCCUUGGCAUUUGGCGUUCACCACUGGCCUUUCGUGAUCUCAGUCCCAUCCCCAUGAACACAGCCAAAGCAUGCAUAGAGUUAUAGGCCGUCGAUCGCUAGCUCAUUCUUGUCUUCUUCGGUUCAGAGAGGAGGAGCUCAGGGUGCUAGUACUGAAGCCUCUCCGCUUCCAGAACCCCUGAAGGGUGAAUGCAUGGUUCGAAUGAGUUGGAACAUGUGAUCCAUGAUUCUUUGAGACUUCAUAAUUGAUCCUAGAGUGGGCUAGUCAUAGUUCCAGAAAGAAGUCAAGCAUUCAGUCGCUUGCCCUGGAGAGGUUGGUCAACAAAGUGAGUGAAUGUUACACGGCGUGCAGAGAGAUCGACGACGCGACGCCUGAUCGCAAAUAUACGAAGACGUGAGCGCCAAGAUCGCUGAGACGACAGACAUGAGCGGGAUCGGGCAGAGGUCGUCGCGGCCAUGGCCGGGGGACCCCGCGUCCACGCCGUCAGAGCCAGCCGCCGCGGUGGCCGCGGCCGCGGACGCGCGGGGCGAGGCGUCCACGCUCAGGGACUUCGGCACGUCCAUGGACGCCAUCUCCUUCGGGUUCGCGGCCACGGCCAUCCUCAUCUCGCUCUUCCUCCUCAUGGCCAUCUUCGAGCACCUCAUCAAGCCCCGGGCCUUCCCGCCGGACUCCGCCGACGACGACGGCAGGCGUCCGCACGCUGCUGUCCGCCACCGGCAUGGCCGCCGCUCGCCCGGCAAGCUCCGGGGGACGCCCAUGGUGGAGGCGGUGCUGCAGGCGGCGGACCUGUCGGUGCUGAUGCCGGGGCAGCGGUACCCGACGUACCUGGCACAGCCGGCGCCGCUGCCGCCGUCGUGCCCCAGGGAAGGUGUGCAUUGGCCGCCGCACGACCACCACAACUCCUACAUGCCACCCUGAUCUCAUCCUCCACGGCCACGAGAGCAUGUUUAUUUUGACGCACACGGCACACACGCUGUGUCCACCGUGCUCGUUCACUGCGUUGUACUAUAGUGGAGAAGAGGUUGUAAAUGCAGGUGGUCGCGAAUCCGAUAUGGACGUCCUGUCCUUGCUGCCUUCGUUCUGUUCUUGUCCGUAUGCACUGUGCCACUGUCCUCUAGGAUGCCGAAUUCGCCAAAGUCCAGGCGCAACCGUCCAGGUUAACCGGCAAUCAGGGCCGAGAUUAUGCAGCUGUUCCGUC